ACCUUAUUGUAAAAGUAUUAUUUCCGAAUUAUUAAACUAUGAUUGUAUAAACAUAGUCGCUAAGUUAUUUGUAGUAAAUACGUCGGCCGGUGUUUUGUAGCAACUGAGCUAUGGCUUCAACUGCGCAAAGUCCAUCGUUGUUUUAUCAAAGCAUUCAAGCUAUCCUAAAAAGCUGGACUGGCUUGCAGCUGGCAGUUGCGCAUGGUUUUGGAGGUUUACACAGCAGUGAAAAAGCUCAGUGGCUUGUUGGUGUAAUUGAAACGUUCUUCAAAGAAAAUGAUGAUAUAGAAGCUUAUGAAUUGGAAGACUUCAUUGAUGAAAUAAUGGCCACAGAAUUCAACACUUUAUCUGAAGACGAUGGAACAAAAGUAAUUUCCCAAGAAAUUUGUAACCAGUUUCAAUAUUGGAAAGAAGGAAGAUAUAAAGAAAUGAAGGAAAGACUUCAAAAACUUGAGUGUGUUAACUUGGCUGAAUGUAUGAAUGGGAAUAUGGAAACUAGUGAACAGAUUCCUGAUGAAGAGGCAAAUAAAAUACUGGAAGGCAUGACCAUCUGUGGUCCAGAUGCAAUAUCAGGGGACACUUCUGUAAAAGAUACCGAAAAAACUUUUAAUGAAACACCCGGUGCUUCUGAUUUAAUAGCAGAUGAUGAAUGGACCACUGUAACAACACGCGCAAGGCGGAAACGAAAUAAAUAAAAAGAGCGUUUUAUAUGA